AUGGCUGAAAUGAAAAAUACUGGUUGUAGUCACAGUGGGUUUCGAAUUCGAUGGGUAGUGGAUAAGGGACCAUGUAACGAUUUGCCUACGAAAUCCACUGUUUGUGUUGCUUCGAUUCUCCUAGCAUAUCUGUUAUGGAAAAGUCGAAUAUCAUCACAAAUUCCUUGGUUGAAGUUAGUUUUGACAUCGUGAUGUACGCAACAGAUGUAUGCUGUUGCAGUCAAUGUUGGUGUAGCAUGUAGCGUAAUGGAUCAUGGUGCAUAUAGCGCGAAUAAUGCUAAUUUGUUAUUGCCCAAAAAUACACUGCAGUGUGAUGAUGGUAAUAACAUGCAGUUCCCAAAUUGGGUACCAUGA